AGAGCUACCGCCGGACGACCCCGGUGGGGAACAAGCAGGCGAGUGUGGAGUAAUUUAGUUGUACCGUGUUCACCACUUAAUACUAGCCAGAACCAUUCACGACCAGCGGUUCCGUCGACACCAGAAAUUUGUGUUUUAAACCCGGGAAUCGUUUCUUUGGAAUGCACUGAAGGGAAUUGUUUGCAAUUGAGCUCGUCAACGUUAUUUCGAUUUUCUUUUUUCUUCCAGGUCGUUUCAGUACCAAAAAACCUAUCUCCUUCUUUUUCGAGUUAAACCAUUAAACCAAGUAUUGGUCAAAAAAAUGAACAAGAUUUUGCAUUUUAACUUCCCGCGGCUUUUGGAGCGGUUUUUCAUUCAAAAGAAAUUCUUCGGCAUCUGUGGCUUGCAAACUGGCUGCGAAUUCAUCGUCUGGUUUUCCAUAGUGAACAAGCUCUGUGGAAUCUAUGGCGUCCUGGCCUUAUUUCAAAGUGCCGAUGUUUCGUUUGCAGAGGUUACGAUGUACGUUUGUUCAUUCAUCUUCCUAUUCAUCUUCGGUUGGUUGUCCAUUUACAUUCCCAAGCGCACCGUCUUUCAUGCACUCGUUUUCAGCUAUACUUAUUUGAUUGACUCGCUCAUCAACUUCCUCUUUCUCAUCUUCUUCUCGAUUUCUUGGUUUAUGCAUCUGGUGGAGAAUGCUGCUAUCCCGGAUGCCGGUGUCUCUACCCUCACUGAACGUGCCGAUGCUGGCUCAGCCGUCGAUAAUACGACUACAGGUUCCACCAAUCCUUUCCUGCAAGCCGAAUCUGCACCCUCUAUUAUUAUGCUGGUUCUUGUGGCCGGUUUCCGCAUUUACUUCAUCCUCGUCACCAUCUCAUACUCGUCCGAACUCGUUCUCGAAUCCGAGACUCGCCCCCAACAGUUCCAAACGAAUUUGAGUGGCCGGAUCAUGCGUCUCCUCUUAAAGCCUUACAGUAUGGCUGCUAACCGUGUCUACCUUCGAAAGCCAUUGCCUCGUGAUGAGAACAAUAGCAUUGAGUUGCAAAGACGUCUCGUUGAGGAGUUCGUAUAAGCGCAUUACUGGACAUUCUUUUCCAUACACUUCUGUUCUACUCAGUCUUUCUUCUUUUGUCCCCAGAAUCUCACCAUUGACUUCUCUUCCCCGCAUCUACUUACUCACCUAUUCAUCCUGAAUGACAUUCCUGUUCCCAGUUGUACACAUUAGCCAGGUAGAGGUGUUUUCUCCUAUCGUUUUUUUAUAUAUAAACAUACGUGACAUUCAUUGACUAAACAGAUGGAAUA